CCCCCCCCACCGCCGCCGCCGCCGCCACCGCCGCCGCCGCUGCCGCUUCCCGGCUCCGCCUCCUCCCCCUCCGGGAGCCGCCUCCGUCGCCACCACUGCUGCUGCUGCCGCCGGCCCGGGCCCAGCCAGCGCCCGCCCGCCGGAGUCGAGUCGCAGUCGGAGCCGCUUUCCGCGGCCCCCGCCAUGAGCGGAAGCGCCGCCGCCGCGGUCGCCGCCGCCGCCUCAGCAGCUGCGGCCGCCGCGCACUUCCAGCCUCAGUCGUCGUCUCCCAGGCCGGGCGCCGCCGAGCUAGGGCCCCUGCGCCGCCCGCGCCCCCCGCCGCCGCCGCCCCGGCCCGAGCCAGCCGCUGCCGGCCGCCUCAGCCCUCCGGGCCACGGGCCUCUCCGGGCGGGCUCCCAGGGUGGCGGCGCCUGCGGCCGAGCGCCAGGAGCAGGUAGUGUUGGUGCUUCUUUUCAGUGCCAGUCCAUCCAUCACGACCACAUUUGUCAUGAUGACAGUGACAAGAUAUCUCCCGGGGCCAAUUCAGCACCUCUACCUGGCCAUCCUAACAAGGUGAUUUGUGAAAGGGUGAAACUUCAGAGCCUGUUCCCUCUCCUCCCAAGUGAUCAGAAUACUACCGUUCAAGAGGAUGCUCACUUCAAAGCUUUCUUCCAGAGUGAAGAUAGUCCGAGUCCCAAGAGACAGCGCCUCUCUCAUUCAGUCUUUGAUUAUACAUCAGCAUCACCAGCUCCCUCACCACCAAUGCGACCAUGGGAGAUGACAUCAAAUAGGCAGCCCCCUUCAGUUCGAUCAAGCCAACAUCACUUCUCAGGGGAACGAUGCAACACACCUGCACGCAACAGAAGAAGUCCUCCUGUCAGGCGCCAGAGAGGAAGAAGGGAUCGUCUGUCUCGACAUAAUUCCAUUAGUCAAGAUGAAAACUAUCACCAUCUCCCUUAUGCACAGCAGCAAGCAAUAGAGGAACCUCGAGCCUUCCACCCUCCGAAUGUAUCUCCCCGUCUGUUACACCCUGCUGCUCAUCCACCCCAGCAAAAUGCAGUAAUGGUUGACAUACAUGAUCAGCUCCAUCAGGGCACUGUCCCUGUUUCUUACACGGUAACAACAGUGGCACCGCAUGGGAUUCCACUCUGCACAGGCCAGCACAUCCCUGCUUGCAGUACCCAACAGGUCCCAGGAUGCUCUGUGGUUUUCAGUGGACAGCACCUCCCUGUCUGUAGUGUGCCUCCUCCGAUGCUUCAAGCAUGUUCAGUUCAGCACUUACCAGUACCAUAUGCUGCGUUCCCACCCCUUAUUUCUAGUGACCCAUUUCUUUUACAUCCUCCUCACCUUUCUCCCCAUCAUCCACCUCAUUUGCCGCCACCGGGCCAGUUUGUCCCUUUCCAGACACAGCAAUCACGAUCGCCUCUGCAAAGGAUAGAAAAUGAAGUGGAACUCUUAGGAGAACAUCUUCCAGUAGGAGGUUUUACUUAUCCUCCAUCGGCCCAUCCCCCAACAUUACCUCCAUCAGCUCCCUUGCAGUUCCUAACCCAUGAUCCUUUGCAUCAGGAGGUGUCCUUUGGAGUACCUUAUCCUCCGUUUAUGCCUCGGAGGCUCACAGGACGUAGUAGAUAUCGAUCCCAGCAGCCAAUACCACCUCCCCCUUAUCAUCCCAGCUUACUACCAUAUGUGUUAUCAAUGCUUCCAGUGCCACCUGCAGUGGGCCCAACUUUCAGCUUUGAAUUGGAUGUGGAAGAUGGAGAAGUAGAAAAUUAUGAGGCCCUCUUAAACCUGGCAGAGCGACUGGGAGAGGCUAAGCCUCGAGGACUGACUAAAGCAGAUAUCGAACAGCUUCCUUCUUAUCGGUUCAAUCCUAAUAACCACCAGUCAGAGCAGACUUUGUGUGUAGUAUGCAUGUGUGAUUUUGAGUCAAGGCAGCUACUUAGAGUUUUACCCUGUAACCACGAGUUCCAUGCCAAGUGUGUCGACAAAUGGCUUAAGGCAAAUCGUACCUGCCCAAUUUGCCGAGCUGAUGCUUCAGAAGUGCAUCGGGAUUCAGAAUGACCAACCUAAGAGCACAAGUUUAGUUUGGGUGUUCCUCAUCACAUGUAUAUACGGACUAUCCAUUGAACUUAAUCUGUGUGGCUUCCAGCCCUCCCUUUACCAAAAGGGUCAAUGGACCUUUCUUUGCACUGUGUGACUUAAUCAACUAUAAAAGCUUACAAUUAGUCUUCACAA